CCGCCACCGCCACCAUGUUCAGCAAGAAGUCCUACGAUGGCCCCCCCAUGGGCUAUGGCCCCCCCACAGGCUACGGUCCACCCACGGGUGAUUAUGGCUACGACUAUGGUGCCCGCUCGCCCCCACCGGGCUCUUAUUACAUUGAGGACGUGCCGCAGCACUUCUACAAGUGGACCUCGCCACCCGGCGUGGUGAGGAUCCUGGAGGCCAUGGUCAUCCUGCUCUGCAUCGCCAUCUUCGCCUGCGUGGCCUCCACCCUGGCCUGGGAGUAUGGCUAUGGCUUUGGGGGGGCUUACGGCAACGGGCUGGGGGGCUUCUACGGUUCUGGCUACUAUGGCAGUGGGUUGAACUAUGGCUACGGUUACGGGGGCUACUAUGGUGGGGUCACCAACCCGCGGGCGGCCAACGGCUUCAUGAUCGCCAUGGCUGUGCUCUGCUUCCUGGCCCAGCUGGGGCUCUUCGUUGCCAGCAUCACCAAAUCGAGCAGCUCCCGCUCCCGGCGCUUCUACCUGGUGGUCAUCGUGGUCUGCGCCGUGCUGGCCAUCGUCAUGCUCAUCGCUUCCAUCGUCUACAUCGUGGGCGUCAAUCCCCAGGCGCAGAUGACCGGCAGCUACUACUACAACCCCUUGCUGACCAUGUGCAGCCAGGUCUACAGCGGCAGCACCUACCUGAACCAGUACCUCUACCACUACUGCACCGUGGACCCCCAGGAGGCCGUGGCCAUCGUCUGCGGGUUCCUCAUCGUCAUUCUGCUCUGCCUCAUCUGCUUCUUCGCUCACAAGACACGGAGCAAGAUCUGGAAGUAUGGGAAACCAAAUAUUUACUGGGACAAGGUGCCGGUGGUCCAGGAGGGUCCGAACGUGGAGGAGUGGGUGAAGAAUGUGGCAGAUGGGGCCAGUGUGCAGGACGAGACAGCCACGCUCGCCUACUCGGAGAAGCCAACGAGCCCCAUCACUGCGCCGCCCUACAGCCCCCCCUCCUACAGCUACCCCCCCCAGAACGGGUACUACCCCUCCGGGACCUACAGCAGCCGGGGGGACCAGCCGGACCGGGCGGCCAGCCCCAGCCCGGCAGAGGAGAAGGUGCGGGAGCAGCCCACCAAGCCCCCUGCCCGCCGUGGGCGCCGGCGCCGGCGCAACCCUGAGCUGGACGAGUCGCAGUAUGAGACAGACUACACCACAGCCGUGGAGUCUGGUGACGAGCGGGACCAGGACCAGUGGGGCAGCCUGUACCCCCCCAUCACCUCAGACAGCACCCGCCAGAAGUACAAGCAGGAGUUCGACACGGACCUGAAGCGCUACAAGCAGCUCUGUGCCGAGAUGGACAACAUCAAUGACCGCCUCAACCAGCUCAGCAAACAGCUUGACAGCAUCUCUGAGGACAGUCCCCAGUACCAGGAUGUCGCCGAGGAGUACAACAGGCUGAAGGACCUGAAGCGGAGCCCGAACUACCAGACGAAGAAGCUGGAGACCAAAACCCUGCGCAACAAACUGUUCCACAUCAAGCGGAUGGUGAGCGACUACGACAAAGUGCGGGGGUAGCCUGUGCUGCCCCGACCACCACGGCGGGAUGGGCACGAGGGGCUCCCCGCUCCCCACCCACCCUUUCCAAAGACUUUGGUGCAUUUUGUACCUUUGUUUGUUUGUAUUAAAAAACCUGAGCCCACCAUUGAAAGCCACUCCGCACUGUCAGUGCCAAGGGCAAGGGGCGGGAGGAGGCUGCUGGAGGGAACCCCCCUGUCCCCCACUGUCCCCAGCCUGCGCACUGGGGGCCAUGGAUCCCUUCCUGCUGCUGUAAAUAUGUUUGGGGAGGGUCUGCAGCCCCCAACUGCCUCUGCUGGGGUUGGGGUACCAGAACGUGGCUGGAUGGGGCAGAGCAUCCCUCGGCCGGGCACUUGGGGGGGCAGAGCCCUGCAUCCCCUGAGCCCCCAGGGCUGCCCUUUGGGGAGCAGCCCUGGGCAGGGAAGGUAUUUUAUAAGGAACUGGCUGAAACUGUGUAUUUUUUUUUUUUUUUUGUAAUAAAUAAACUGUAUCUAUUGAUUUUAAA